UAUUCUGGUCGAUGGUUCUGAUGUUCCCCUUUUCUUUUGCAGUUCGUCAUCCCAAUACAAUUGCUUAUCCAGAGAAAUUCUUCGAAACUGCUCAACUGAUCGCGACGCACAGUCAUCUCAGGUGGCCGGAUCUUAGUCGGGAGUGGAUACGUCGGCAACAAGCUAGGAUCGCCAGAGUUGAUUGGGAAUCGAGACUUCCUUGUGUACUCGGUCCCCGCAAAUCACGUCUCUCCCUAUUUACUCGGAAGCAACAAAAACUCCUUAACCAAGCUAGAAAGAUGGAGGGAGUUCCCGACUUAAGUGCCCUGUUGAAAGGGAAGCUUCAAAUGCUCUCGACGAAAUCGUCUUCUGCCGGUGCCUCAGAAGUCAGGCCUGUUUCCACAGAUGGAGAUGUGAACCCUGAGCCGCCAGCUCAGAGUUCCCCAAAGAGGAAGGCCAAUAGGGCCAAGGCCAAGAACAGGAGUGUCCCUUUGGAAGAGGCACAACCUUCUGCCGAUGUCUCUGAAGUCGCGGCUAAGAAGAAGAAGAAAAAGGAGAGCAAGAAAAGGUCUCGUGAAGAGACUUCUGUUGGGGCUAUGGAGACUCCAACUGCCGCAGGGAAUGAUGGUGCGGAAAGAAACGAUCCGGCCGAUUCUACUCGGGGAUCGCCUGAGGAGCGUCCCAAGAAGAAACUGAAGAAGAAGUCAGCGGAUGGCGAUGGGACUUCUGCUCCCGAGAUUCCUUCUAGAAGUGGGGAACCAGCUACUGAAGUCGGAGAUGGCUCACGGGAUGAAUCUCCGUCGAGUAAGGGAGCCCCUUCGUCUUCUGCGAGGGAGACUGGUGCGGGAAGCGGAGGUUCGCUUCCGCGGAAGGCGGGAGGAGGAAUUCACUUCCCGGAUCACGUAGAAUUCCUUUACGACGAGGCGACUCCGUUGGUUCUGAAUCCACUUCCGUGUGCUGAACUGACUCGUCAGAUUCGUGGCGGGACCAAAGAGUUGCCGCCGGUCGACGACUUAUACUUCAAAAGGGAGUACAUUGACGCGGCUAUGGCGGGCAGACGGAGUGACGGGAGCAUGAACUAUCUCGUGGAGAAGUACGACAGCACUUUGAAGCAGACGAUGGUCCAGCUGGGCGCCUCGGAUAAACUCGCACGGACCAGAUUGGGCGUGAUCGAGAGGUUACGCGCCGAGAACAAAAAGGCCAGCGACAAAGCGGCCAAAGAGAAAGAGGUCCUCCGAGUUAAGUUCGAGGAGUUGGAAGACAAGCUGAAGUCUGACCGUCUUGCGAAGAAGGACGCUCUCCGCGAGAAAACUCGCUUAGAGCGAUUGGUCGCUUCCCUUGAGAAGGAGAAGGCUGAGCUCGAGGGAGAGAGGGACGCUGUCGUCGGAACGCUGGUCAAAGAGAGGCAACGCCUGAGGGAUUCCAGGGUUCAGGAGGUUACCCGCGAGAGGAUCAAGGUCCAAACGGCUAUGGCGGACAAGUCUACUCGCUGUAUCGGUAAGAUGAAGGGCUAUCUGGAUCGCCUUAUCGCGCGAGAGAAGGCCAAGAACUUAUAUGGGCAGGCUUCAGGAACCAAAAAAUGCCUUGAGAUGAUUAAAGAUAGCGGGAUCGCGAUUCCGCCGAGUAUGAUCAACAUCUUCUCGGAGCAGGAGAAGAUGUAUGAGGCUGAAGUCGCCAAUCUUUACCUCGAGCCGUUCUCUGAGGAUGAUUAUGCUCUCUCUCCUCUCAGCCUCCCUUCUCGAUUUGUGAAUGAAGAGCUCAUGGGGGUACUCGACCCGUAUGGAUCAAAUGUUGGUCUGAUUGGCCACGAAUCAGCCUCCCAGUUGAUCACUUCCCGCGAGGCGACUGAAGAUCCAGUCGAUGAGCCGAUGGUAGACAUUACUUCUGCUUUGUCGGAGCGUAUCGUCGUUCCCGAAGGAACUACCAUCGAAGAGCGUCCCGACGGGAGCGAUCCCGAGGAGACCGGGGAAGCGAUUCAAACGGAUACGGGGGAUGUAGCCGCUGAAGAUCCGGUCUUGGUUUCUUCAUCUGAGGAGCGGGAAGAGGACGGAGUGGGCGUGGAGGAGAACGGGUCAUCGCCGGCGCUUGUUGAAGAGAUGGUCCCGAACCUGCCAGUUCCAGACCCUUCUGCUCAGGUUGAAGGCCUUGGCGAUCAAGUCGUUGAAGAAGAAACGAUCGAAGCGCUUGACCCGAGUAGGGAUGACCAAGACGUCGUCGUCUGAUCUUGUUGUAUGCUAUAUUUAGGAUGUUUUCAUCGGUGGUCUUGAUAGACCUUGUUGUUGUACUUUAAAACUCUUUCUACUUUGUGUUUCUUGUCAGUAUUUGCAACCCUUAAGCGAUUUUACUUAUCUGUUGUGUUUUGAAACAUCAGAUUUUCAUAUUCUUAAUUUUUGCAAAUAGACAAGUGAUGAACCGGUAAUUGGUUUUACUCGGCUGUCAUCAUGUUUCGUUUUGGAGUUGUCCAAAAGUCGAUAACAAAGAAUUGAGUAUAAGAGUGAAAGGUCCUUCUGUCCGUUUCCUCAGUGACAAUUAAGCAACCGGGUAGCUAGGCCGUUACAUUUUAGUCGAGAAAAGGCAAAGAUUCACUCUGUUUAGUCGGUUCAAUGCUUAGGCAUAGGUGAACCGUGACUGUUAAGGUCCUGGAGCCAAGUGUCUGAUCAGGACAUAGCUGCGAGCAAAGGAGUGUGAGUGUCCGCGUAUCCUCUGCUGGAGGCACGGGAACCACGAUGUGAAAGUCAUUGUUUAUUCAAUUGAGACCUAGGUAAGGUUUUGACUUUGUUUUUGUUACAGCUGGACCUGUUAAGGCUGCCUACGUACCUCGGUUGAGGAUCAAGCCAUUCGUAGUUCGUUUUUCCCGAGUAAAAGUGACUGUGAGUGGCGCAUUUACUCGGUCGAGUAGAAGUGACUACGGGGGUGCAUCUACUCUGUUUUUUUUUUUGUUACAGCUGG